AUGCUGUUUACUCCAAUCUAUAUUGCAAUGACUUUCAUUAAAACUUGGCGGAUUCGCUCUUUUAGAGCGCGUCUUCUAGAGUUUUUAAAUGGUAACACAAGUGUUGCAUUUUGUAAAGUGCCAGAAAAUGCUGCAGAAACACCAACUUUGAGUUCAAAAUUAUGUACAAAUCCCAAAAAUGCUUACUUAUGUGACCUUCUUGAUUAUACAAAUGCAUCAAGAAUAUGUAGUAUGAAACCGACCCAAUGUAUAGAAAUCAGUGAUUGGGUAUCAUGUGCUGGUGGCUUACCCCUUGGAUCUGAAGACACCUUACUAACAUCUGAUUUUGAUCUUGAGCUUCUAUUUGAAUGUGAAAUGGACCCCCAUGAAGACAGCUCUUAUCAUGACAUCAUCAGUCUGGAAUCAUUGGGUCAACCCUUAGCUUGGAAAGCAAGCUCCCAUUUAGCAUUAGUUUUAAAAACAAAUAUUGAGAAUCUCAGCAUUGUUGGGUUCCAUUUUGUUGGUGGGGAAUUUAUAGUAAAUCACAAACUUCCUGUGGUCAGGAUACAAACCGUUCAGAUAUCAGGGGAGCCAAAUAAAGCUACUGAUCUGUCGAUGCGAGGUUUAAGAAGCGAAAUUCAACAUAGUUUACGACAGCCUCGCGAGGAGUUUCAGUGGCCGAUCCACGCUGCUCUCUUGCGAAAGUUAUCCAAAGUUGUUGAUAUUAAGUCCGAUAGACGAAGUAUUGUAGAGAUGAAUGGUGGUAGCGAUUCAGUUUUAGAUACUCAUGUGCCCAGAAGAAAUGUUACAUUAACUGAUGUUAGCACAAUUACAACGAAAUCACUCUCUGCGGAAGAUGUGAAUGAGCCAGAGGUACCAAAAAAAGCUUCUGAAACUCAAUUAAAGCCUCCAGAAAAAACUCCCGAGAAAACUAAAGAAAAAGUCAUACAGAAAUCACCGGAAAAGAAAAUGGGGAUAUCACCAGAAAAGAAACUAGGGAAAUCUCCUGAAAAAAACCUCGGGAAAUCUCCUGAAAAGAAAUUAGGAAAAUCCCCAGAAAAAAAUAUAGUUGUACCUGAAGAUAGAGAACUAGUUUUAGAAAACGUGACUGUUGAAAUACAACAUAAUAUAACACCUAAGAAAUCUAGCCUCAAAUUAGACUUAAAGAAAGGCACAAGUCAGCUCUCGUCUUCUUUACUCAAUAUUUCUAGUCAGAUAAAAUCUAUUACGACUCAUAAAAGGGUGGUCAGUACAACUGCACCCAAAAGGCCUCAAAGUCAAACAGAAACAACAACAUAUAUAAGAGAAGAAUCUCCUAAGAGUUCGCCGUCUCAAAUGACGCCAAAGUCCACAAAAAGUUCCCGUCCAUUAGUGAAUACUAAAUCGCCAAAUGUUAUUAUCUAUUCUGAUAGUGUAGUAGCUAGAGACAACUUAGAAGCGUCUCUGAAGAGAGUUCUAGAUUGCGAUAGGUACACAGUAUACAGCAUAACCCGCGAGGCGCUCUCGGCGGGCGCGUGGCGAGGGCGCGCGGCGCUGGUGGCGGUGGCGGGCUGCGCCGGCCGCGCCGCGCCGCUGCUGCUGGCGCACCUGCUGGACGGCGGCCGCCUGCUCGCGCUGUGCUCCGACCUGCUGCACACUGUGCUGCCGCAUUAUAAGACUGCUGAGAUAAGAGAAAAUGAGGUAGUACAAUUCUCAUACGACAAGUGGAAGUCGGUAAAGAUGAAGCACCAUAUCUUCUGCUACCAAGCGUCGCCUGCAAAGAAACAAUUUUCCACAGAAAGCGAUAGACAGCCAUCAAAAUACACUGGACAUCCCGGUCACGAGUUAGACAUCCAGGUGUUAGCGUCUGAAGAGACUUGGCGGACCCCGUCUUUACUCCAAGCAACAGAUCUUACUAAUAAUGGCGUUGCCAUAUUUUCUCAGAUUCACCUAGAAGCUGAUCCAAACGACUACCUAGGUGAAGAAGGCAUCAGAAGUAAUGAAGCCAGGUUGGAGAUACUACACAAAAUCCUGGGCGAUAUCUUAGGCCUUCACGUCAAAGACUGUCGAGAUGUGACCCAGCUAGAGUACACUAAGGGUUAUUUCCUUGGAAACCAUGUGCAUAAAAUGUCGCUGGUGGAGAGUUGGUGUCCGGUUGUGGAGGGCAAGCGGUUGCAGAAACUCGGUGACGUCACGAUACAGUGGUGUAUGAGAGACGAGACUCCCAUAGAACCCCCCUCAGAGACCUUCCUGCCUGUGUAUUUGUAUGAGUGUCCUGAACAUUUCUCAACUGUUGAAUAUUUUGAUAACCUAACGUCAGAGCACCUGGGUCGCGCCCUGCUGUACGCGGACGUGCUGGCCUCCACCACGCUGGUGGCGCGCGGCACGCUGGCGCACGGCGCGGGCGCCGUGGCGCGCCGGCAGUGCUCCGCGCGCGGCCGCGCCGGCAACAAGUGGAUCACGCCGCCCGGCCAGGCCGCCAUGUCGCUGCAGGUGAGUGCGUCUCGCUCACUCGCACGGCGAAGAAGGGAGAUAAAAGAUUACGCCGCUCGAACAGACUGCUAUAUCGCUGCAGGUGAGUUUGUCUCGCUCGUUCGUAUGGCGAAGAAGAGAAGUAAUGGAUCGUCGCCCGGACAGACUGCUAUGUCGCUGCAGGUGUGGCAGAAGGUGUCGCCGUCGCUGCCGCUGGUGCAGCACGCGGCGGCGCUGGCGGCCGUGCGCGCGGUGCGGGACCAGCCUUCGUACGAACAUCUUGACAUCAGAAUUAAAUGGCCUAACGACAUAUACUAUGGACGUGAGGUCAAGAUCGGUGGAGUUAUAACUGCUGCCAACUGCACGGGCGACGAUGUCAUCAUAGAUAUUGGUACAGGUGUGAACAUAUCCAACAGUGUGCCCACUACGUGUGUGAAUGAUAUUAUAACAGAAUAUAACAAAAAGCACGGCACUGCACUAGCGCCAAUAUCUAUAGAGAUGUUCCUAGCUAAGUAUUGCUCCCAGCUGGAAAGGAUAUUGGACGAUAUGAACGGUGAAGACGGUGUUCAAGCUUUCUUGGAAAUGUAUUACCAAUACUGGUUACAUGAUGACGAAGAGAUCCAAGUACAGAACGCGGACGGGUCCGCCACCGCGGGAACCAUCUGCGGCGUGGACGCGGCGGGCUGGCUGCGCGUGCGCGCCGCCGCCGGCGCGCUGCGCCUCGCGCCCGACGGGAACACCUUCGACCUCAUGGCCGGACUCAUUGCGCCCAAGUAC